AUGUCUUUGGUUCUCCCAGGCCAGCCGCUGAGCGCGUCUACAAAGGCCGGAGAUGGCGUCUAUAUGGAUGCAAAUGGAGUUUCACGGGCAUCGUUGAUCGCAACAUUUAAAAACGACAGCGUUCAAGUGCCAAAGGGUAGAGCUAGUGCACCGUCAGAGAAUGCAAUUGUCAUUGGAACCGUCGUCCGACUCAAUUCUCAGCAAGCUACCAUCUCCAUUACAAUCGUGAAUGGGGUGCCUCUACCGCAGGGCGACGAAUAUGUCGGGAUCAUACGAUCCCAAGACGUACGAGCAACUGAAAAAGAUAAAGUGAAGAUCGGUGAUUGCUUCAGAGGUGGUGAUAUCGUCGCUGGUCAAGUGAUAUCUCUUGGCGACUCGCGGAGCUACUACGUUAGCACGGCCCACAACGAUCUGGGAGUACUCUACGCAACGUCAUCGUCUGGGGGAUUUGCGUAUCCUGCAUUCCUUCGACGGUCACGUUGCAACUUUAAAUACAGGCACUUUCUUCAGCUUACGACUCAUGGUGUUCCAAUGUUUCUCGUACCAUUUUCUGCCCUUGCUCCACCGCCAACCGUCGCCGGUCCUUUGACGAUCGUCCACGCUCGACCUCGCAUAGUCCAGGAUGCCAUAAAUUACGAUGGUGCUACGGGAAAUAUACACACUGUCUCGUCAUAUUGCUCUGAUAUGUCCCUUCUUUCGUACAACUCAGAGCGCGACGCCGACAACUUUGUGCAAAAAUUUGGAGGAAGAUGCUAUAACAGUCGCAAUGAACUCUACGCUCUUCCAUCAGAUCAACCAGAGUUUGAACGCCACGACAAACAGGACCGGAUGCUACAGCUUGCAGUCGGGAAUCUUUACCCUGCUCCAGGUCUAGUUGAAAGCGUACUGAGGUCGCCCUCUCGCCAGCCUUCUGCCAUCCUUGACCUCGGGACUGGGUCCGGAGCUUGGGCAAUUAACAUGGCACUCAAGUAUCCAGGCUCCCGCGUCGUUGGAGUUGAUCUCGUCGUAAACUCCUCCCGUCCUUGCCCUCCAAAUUGCAGGCAAGCUCACCCUGUAUUCGAUCCUCCCUAUUCUCACGAAUAUCUGCACAGGUUUGAGUUUGAUGACCUCAAUCUUGGUCUGGCCCAUUUCCAUGAUCAGUUUGACCUCGUUCAUUCCCGAGCCGUCGUGAAUGGGAUCAAGGACUUUGCUGGUUAUGUCGACGAUAUUGUGCGCUGCCUUCGUCCAGGUGGGAUUGCUAUCAUGGCCGAAGGUGACUGGCGUCCUUAUCAAGCUGAUAAGGAGACGCCUUACCAACUCGCUGGACUUGACAAAGACGGUGGAUCCUGGUUUGGUAGAAUUUGCUCUGAGGCAUUCGAGCUCAUGAGUAGGCGCGGAAGUUCUAUCCAUGAAGCCGACGAAGUGGACCGCGGGCUCCAGCACCCUCUUCUCGAGGACCAGCAGACUGCGACAUACUUUGUCCCUCUGGGGUCCUGGGCAAUUGGUAACUCCUUGGAAGAGACUGCUAGUCUUGUCGAACAAGGGCGUCUAAUGGCCGAAAAUGCUCGCGAGUUUACCACUGCCCUCUCUCAUCUUUUCGAGAACGCAGGAUAUAAUCCUGAGGUCGUCACUCACUGGAUGGAAAACCUCGAGACUAGUCUUCAGAACAAUACGACUCGCGAGUAUAUCAAGUAUAGAUAUACGUGGGGUGUCAAGAAAGCGCCUGAGGCUCAGAAUUAA